UUAGGUUAGGUUAGUCUGUCCCGACGAACGCCGCCCGCGCACGUGUUACGUAUUUUAAAAACAACAUUCCAUCAAAAAUGAAAUUAAAACGAGUAUUUGACCAACUGAUUCAUCAAAUUUAAAAAUAAUUCUGUCAAAAUUGUAACUGCGUGUAAAAAUAGAUUAUAUAACCUAAAAAGAGCUCAGAAAAAAGAAUAUGCCGGUGUUUUUUUUUUAUACGGUAGCGUAAUCUAGUGAUUGUGCAAUGGACGGAAAGCAAAGGCACGAAGGAAGGGCGGCCAAACAGAUUUUAACAGCUCUAUUAGCGACCGUCCCAACGUUCACUUAUGGCAUCCAAAUCGGCUGGUUGUCCCCUAUGGGGCCAAUCCUCAAAUCGCCCACGUCACCAGACACGGCGGCUAUUUCGCAGAGCGCCAUCUCUUGGUUGGCGGCGGCACUACCUCUCGCCGCCAUAUUAGGAAUCCCGUUCUUCAGCUACUCCACUGACAGAUUUGGAAGGAAGAUCUGCAUCAUUGCCCUAUCUGUAUUGGAUUGCAUAUCCUGGACAAUAAAACUUACGUCGGUAACGGAAGGAAGCCUCAUCAUAGCGCGAGUGAUAGCCGGUCUUGCUGCUGGCGGCUGCUUCGUCGUGAUACCAGCAUACAUCAAGGAAAUCUCCGAAGACGCUUGGCGCGGCGCCCUGGCGUCCCUUACAAUGACCAUGUGCAAAGUUGGCGUGAUAUUUGUCUAUGGAAUUGGGAUUCUGACGUCAUACACCGGCAACCAAGCAGUGUAUCUCGCGGUUGCCGCUGCGCAUGCGAUCGUGUUUUGUUUUAUGCCGGAGUCGCCGAACUAUCUGCUCAAGAUUGGACAGGAAAAGAGAGCAGCCCGAACACUAUCCUGGCUUCGGGGCGUGCCCAGGAGUCACGAGCUGGUCACCAACGAGAUCACCAAGCUUAGAGAGGAGCAGCGGAGGUACGAAGAGAUGCCGACUGUCACAUUGCUUAGCGGAGUCCGCGACCGAGCCACGUUUGCAGCCGUCCGCAUGACGCUCACCCUCAUGGCGAUGCAGACCCUGUCUGGGAGCUUCGCCCUCAUGAACUUCGCGUCGGACGUGUUCAGCCGCGCCGGCGCGCAGUGGAGCCCUAACACGCUGGCGCUCUUCAUGGGGUCCCUACAGCUCGCCGGGUCCUUCUUCACAACCAUGUCAAUUGACAAGUUUGGUAGGAAGUUACCCCUCGCUGUCAGCUCAUUGGUGAUGUCAAUAUGCAUGGUGACCCUGGCCACAUGCUUCCUGGUCGGUAUGACGACCAGCUGGCCGCGGGUCACUGCCGUCUGUAUAGCUAUCCUGGCUUAUGGUGUCGGGUUGGCCCCCGUACCCAUGGUUAUUAUGGCUGAAGUGUUUACUUACCAGUUCAGAGCAAAGAUGGCUGGAGUGUCUAUGGCACUAUCCUUCUUCUGCAGCUCAAUGACAGUGCUGUUCUACGCGCCCAUAGCCGACGAAUGUGUGGAAGAGUUGAAGAAAAGAGAACCAUAUUGAAGACUAUAGAGAACCGGAGAGGAAAUAUGAUUGGCCACCUGAUACGACACGAUUCAUUUAUAACAAACAUUAUAGAAGGAAAAAUUGAAGGGAAGAGAGGAAGGGGUAGACCUAGGAUAACAUUUAUGAAACAAAUAAAAGAGAAGGUGCAGGUCGUGUCGUAUGGGGAGGUGAAGGUUUUGGCGGGAAGAAGAGAGGAAUGGCGGUUACUCCACCGACAAGAGCGCAGCUCUUAAAUAGAGAGAGAGAAAUCGUGCUUAGGCAAAGAAUGAAGAAUAGUUAAUACUACGUAUGGAACGGCAUCUCUAACGACCCAAUUAUAGAUAAGACAUAUAAAAAGGACACAAACAUACGAAUGAAAAUAAGCACAAUGGGCGGCCUUAUGCUAAUCAGCAAUUUAUGCCAGGCAUCCUUAGGGUGAAAGAAGUAAUUCGUAUCGGGCGCCGACCUCACACCCUCUGGAUGGAAGAUGGUGAGCGCGGACUGUCUCAUACGCCUUAGACCGCACAUGAUUUAUGUAUGAAGUGUCCAGGGUGUGGUUAGUGAUACUAACAUCCUACUAAGGUACGGUCACGAGCAUUAAUAUGUAUGCACUUUGGUACCAUGUCACAUUAACUUUUUUGACAAAUAGAACUGUAAGUCUCACUAAAUGUCAAAUAUGUUAGUGCGACAGAGUCGUAAAGUGGGUAAGUACAUUAUAAUUGCUCAUGACUGUUCUACUUGACAACAUGAACGUUGUCUUAGAAAUUGCAUUUGAACCCAAGGCUGACGCCAAACUGCCAACUUUAGUAACUUACUUUUUUUUUGACCAGUUAAUAGGUACUUAAACUAAUAUCACUUAAUAUACUCUUAUACACACUCGUGAAUUAUGUACUCUGCGCUUUUAUACACGCAUUUCCUUUAUACAGGUGCUUACUUAUUGAUUGAAUGUACAGUGCAAGUUUUUGUGAAGGUGAAGUACGCUUACCUAGUAAGUAUUUGGUAAUUAAUUCUAGAAGAUUCUUGAAGUGAGUUUGUGUUUCAAAUCCUCUGAUUAUGUCCCUGGUGCUAGGUAGGUAUAAGUCUAUAAAAAAAAUCGUCUUCGAAGGAUGUUCUAUGUUUAACUUAUUAUAUACUAUUAAUUCUUAACUUUUUUUUAGUUUUCUGUGAUGGAAUCCUUUGAAAUUAUAUUUAUAAAUGAAUUAUCCUUUAUACAGGGUGUUAGUGACAUAGUAACGUUUACACUACACCUGUACAAGUGCGUAUGGGUGUUAGUAGAUACCGUAACAAAUACUGAGGGGGAUGAUUCAGACAAUUCAGAGAAGAUAUCAAGUGGAAUUUCUUGUCGAAAAAUUCAUGAAAUUUUUUGUGAUUUAUAAUUAUUUUCAGUUCCAUACUUUUGCGACGGAAAAUUGCACGUGAUAACUACUCAGAAUCAUGGUCCGAGUCAUCCCUCAAAGUUUUGAUUACGAUAUCACUAACGCCCUGUAUAUGGCGUGCUGGGUACCCACUACCGAGUUCAUCUUGGUAUGGACCUCUAAUUAGCCCAAUUGGGAUAUAUACGUAAGUAGUCGUGAACUUGUGUUACGAAUAUGAUUAUAGGUAGGUAUUUGUAUGAUAUUACUCGUUCGUUGGGAUGUGUACACGUGUUGAUGUAAACACCUUAGUAUUUUAAGACAGUGUAUUAUUGAGGUUAGCUAGCAUUUUACACUUGUUAACACGUAGAUUCUAUAAGUUUUAUAAUAAACGAAA